GGGGGGGGGACUAGGGAGGGGGAAUGGGGAGGGAAGAACAUGAAUAGGGGGGCUCGGGGAGCCAGUCAUGCCUCCCCUAACCACAGCCACAGAGGGUUGCUCUAGCAGACUGAGGCCUACGGGGCAGUGAGAAAAAAGAACAACCCACCACUGGGCUACCAAAGAGCUCGCAAGCGGGGACCUUCCUGUGAAGUUGAUGGAAGACAGAUGGGGUCCUCACAGCCUCUUCUCCAGGGGUGGGAGGACCAGCUUUCUUCACGCAACUAAGGUCCAGACGAUGAAUUACGUGGGGCAGUUGGCUGGCCAGGUGUUUGUGACGGUGAAGGAGCUCUACAAGGGCCUGAACCCUGCCACGCUGUCGGGAUGUAUCGACAUCAUCGUGGUCCGUCAGCCCAACGGCAGCCUGCAGUGCUCACCUUUCCACGUCCGCUUCGGGAAGAUGGGCGUCCUGCGUUCCCGGGAGAAAGUGGUGGACAUAGAGAUCAACGGGGAGUCUGUGGAUUUGCACAUGAAGUUGGGAGACAAUGGAGAAGCAUUUUUUGUUCAAGAGACUGACAAUGACCAGGAAGUCAUCCCCAUGUACCUGGCCACGUCCCCCAUCCUGUCGGAAGGAGCUUCUCGCAUGGAAAGCCAGCUGAAAAGGAACUCCGUGGACAGAAUCCGGUGCUUGGAUCCCACCACGGCUGCCCAGGGCCUGCCCUCCAGCGACACUCCGUCCGCUGGUUCCCUGGGGAAGAAGAGAAGGAAGAGGAGGAGGAAGUCUCAGUUGGACAAUCUCAAAAGAGAUGAGAACGUCAACACAUCUGAGGAUGAGGACAUGUUUCCCAUAGAGAUGAGCUCCGAUGAGGACGCAGCCCCGAUGGAUGGAGGAGGCAGAACUCUUCCUAAUGAUGUACCACCAUUCCAAGACGAUAUUCCCAAGGAGAACCUCCCCUCCAUAUCAUCGUACCCCCAGUCAGCAUCGUACCCCAAUUCAGACAGAGAGUGGUCCCCCAGCCCCAGCAGCCUGGUAGAUUGCCAGAGGACUCCCCCUCACCUCGCAGUGGUGGCCGAGGGAGUUCUUUCUAGCUCUUGCCCUCCACAGCCUUCCCACUUCCGUCCUCCGGAAAGUCCUUCAGGCUCCCGCCCCUCAACACCAAAGAGUGAUUCUGAGUUGGUGAGUAAGUCUGCUGACAGGUCGACACCGAAGAGUAACCUGGAAAUGCUCUGGCUUUGGGGCGAGUUGCCGCAGGCUGCAAAGACUUCUUCUCCACACAAGAUGAAGGACUCCAGUCCCUUAGGGAGCCGGAAGAUCCCCGAUAAAAUCCACUUCCAGGCCAUCCACAGUGAGUCUUCAGACACUUUCAGUGACCAGUCACCAACCCUGGCCCCGGGGCCGCUGGUGCAGCAGAGCAAGACUCAGACGGGAAUGCAGUUUGUGGAUGAGGAGGAUCUUGAGGCCUCAGGAGCCUCGGCCCCACCUUUACCCGUGGCUGAAGAGCUGAAGCCCCCGGCUGCCUGCACCACACAGGCAGCAAGCAAGACAGACUCCCCGUCCAGGAGGAAAGAUAAACGGAGUCGACACCUUGGAGCUGAUGGCGUCUAUCUGGAUGACCUCACAGACAUGGACCCUGAAGUGGCAGCCCUGUAUUUCCCCAAGAAUGGCGAUCCUGCGGGGCUCCCCAAACAAGCCUGCGACAAUGGAGCCAGGUCAGCCAACCAGUCCCCACAGUCCGUGGGCAGUUCGGGCAUCGACAGUGGUGUGGAGAGCACCUCGGAUGGCCUGAGGGACCUGCCCUCCAUAGCCAUCUCCCUCUGCGGUGGCCUCAGUGACCACAGGGACAUCACCAAAGAUGCAUUCUUGGAACAAGCUGUGUCGUAUCAGCAGUUUGCUGACAACCCCGCUAUCAUCGAUGACCCCAAUCUCGUGGUCAAGAUUGGAAAUAAGUACUACAAUUGGACAACAGCAGCUCCCCUACUUCUGGCGAUGCAGGCUUUCCAGAAACCUUUGCCAAAGGCCACUGUGGAAUCCAUCAUGAGGGAUAAGAUGCCCAAAAAAGGAGGCAGAUGGUGGUUUUCCUGGAGGGGAAGGAACGCCACAAUCAAGGAGGAAAGCAAGCCUGAGCAGUGCCUGCCAGGGACGGGCCACGGCACAGAAGAGCAGCUUUCACAGCUUGGUCUGGCCCCCAGAGUAAAGCAUGAGUCAUCCUCCAGUGAUGAAGAGCACUCAGGCGCCAAGCCAUCGAGUUCUAGCCACCUCUCCCUUCUGUCCAACGUCAGCUAUAAAAAGACCCUGCGGCUCACGUCGGAGCAGCUGAAAAGCUUGAAGUUGAAGAAUGGCCCCAACGAUGUGGUUUUUAGCGUCACCACGCAGUACCAGGGCACCUGUCGCUGUGAAGGCACCAUCUACCUCUGGAACUGGGACGAUAAAGUGAUCAUCUCGGAUAUCGAUGGGACCAUCACCAGAUCGGAUACUCUUGGUCAUAUUUUGCCCACGCUGGGAAAGGAUUGGACCCACCAGGGCAUUGCAAAGCUGUAUCAUAAAGUAAGCCAGAACGGCUACAAGUUUCUCUACUGUUCGGCACGUGCCAUUGGGAUGGCAGACAUGACGAGGGGCUACCUGCACUGGGUCAAUGAGCGGGGCACGGUGCUGCCGCAGGGGCCCCUUCUGCUCAGCCCAAGCAGCCUCUUCUCUGCCUUACACAGAGAAGUGAUUGAAAAGAAGCCUGAAAAGUUCAAAGUCCAGUGUUUGACAGACAUCAAAAACCUGUUUUUCCCGAACACAGAACCCUUCUACGCUGCUUUUGGAAACCGCCCUGCCGAUGUGUAUUCCUACAAGCAAGUGGGAGUGUCCCUGAACAGGAUCUUCACUGUCAACCCCAAGGGCGAGCUGGUGCAGGAGCACGCCAAGACCAACAUCAGCUCCUAUGUGAGGCUCUGUGAAGUGGUUGACCACGUCUUCCCGUUGCUGAAGAGAAGCCAUUCCUCCGACUUCCCCUGUUCAGACACUUUCAGUAACUUUACGUUUUGGAGAGAACCGCUGCUACCCUUUGAAAACCAGGACGUACAUUCAGCCUCAGCCUGAUGCGACCCAGCAUUAAAGGAUAGGUUGUGGGGA